UUAUCGAUUUUUCUGCAUUUUCAAUACCUAUUAACAAUUUAGUCACAGUUGUAGAAAAUCCAUCUUCUAUAGUCUAUUAUCCUGAACAAAAAUUCUUCAAUUUUUUUUUUUUUUUUGAGUUUUAUGUAAAAAGAAAUUAUCACAUAUUGAGAACGGAAGGAAAUAGAAAAAAUCAGAGUGAAUGAUGCUUCUGAUUUUUUCCACUACUACGCAUUAGAUAACGAUCCUUGGAGGUCGGAGAUCAGACCGCUAUGUUUAACUCGUCUGGGUCUGGCCAACGGUCUCUGUUCCCAGCCGCAAAGUUCGCUGAUCUAGUGUUCAUUCAACGGACGCGAUCUAUUAUCUGGACGCCACGUGUACAAGUGGCGUGUGCCUCUCUGUUAAUCCAUUGGUUUUCGACUUCUUGGCCUUUUUCAAGUCAAUUCUCAGAGUUCUCAUCAACUUCACUCUCUGCAAGAAACAAACGCAAAAAGAGAAAAAAAAAAAAUGUUAAAUCCAGACCAAAUUGGCCGUCCUCUGAUGGAAUACUCUUUUCCGGUGGAAAACGGCGAUCCUCGAAACCCACUCUUAAACCUCUCCACGGUGCAGGCGAGAAUGGAUUCUCUGCAGCGGUUCUUAUCAGAAUCGGUCAACAACAACACUAUAAUUAGUAAAGAACAUAUGGAUAUCGUCUCCUGCGAGAUCUCCACCGCCAUCCACCAGAUUAUCAUCAACGGUGCCGCACUUCUCUCGUGUUCUCAAGUGGUUCAGCCGCCGACCGCCGUUAAACCGGAUGAGAAGCUUUUGGAUCUACCCGAUCUGAAAAUUUUAACAACAAAACCUAAUGUUUUAAACCAUAACUCGGAGAAAGUAAAAUCCGCCGCCGCAGCGAUGGUGGCGGCUUUAGAGUCCAAUUUAAAGGUGGAGGAAGGAGAUGAAUGUGAUCUGGAUUAUGAUAUUGUCGAGCUAGAUGAGGUGGAAUUGCUGGCGGAGCAUGUUCAUUUCUGUGAAAUAUGCGGCAAAGGAUUCAAGCGGGACGCUAAUUUGCGGAUGCACAUGAGGGCCCAUGGAAAUCAGUUCAAAACUCCAGAGGCGCUCGCGAAGCCUGAUAAAGGAAACGAAUUUUCAGCGGAGGUAAAGAAAACUAGAUUCUCUUGUCCUUUUUUGGGAUGUAACCGAAACAAGAAGCAUAAAAAGUUUAGGCCACUAAAAUCGGUGAUUUGUGUUCGAAAUCAUUUCAAAAGAAGUCAUUGUCCAAAGAUGUUCUCCUGUAACCGUUGCAAUAAGAAGAGUUUCUCUGUUGUGGCGGAUUUGAAGAGUCAUUUGAAGCAUUGUGGAGAGUCCAAAUGGAAAUGCUCAUGUGGGACUACUUUUUCUAGAAAGGAUAAGUUGUUUGGGCACAUAGCAUUGUUUGAAGGCCACGUGCCUGCUGUUAUUGGGGAAGAUGAUGACAGAGUAGCUAAAGACUGUUUGGUAGCUAUGGAGGAAGAUGAAGCCGAAGAAGGGAUUGUUAAGGGAGAAAAGGAUAGAAAUUGUACGGAUGAUGGGUUUUUUGAAGAAUUGCUUGAUGGGCUUGGUUCAAUUGAGGGAUAUAAUUUGCAGGAUGUUUUGGGAUCCUCUCCUUGUAAUGAUUGGAGUAGUGGAAUUGAAGAAUUUUAUGGAGAUGGCCAUUGCUGAUCAGCUGAAUAAUUUUUGUUGGAGGAUUUGAGCUAGAAGAGGAAAUUUCUGUAGCAUGAGAAGAAAAGAUUCAGUUCUAUUUGCUUUGCAUGGAUGGAAAGAGAACAGAACAGCUAGUGUACCUUGGUUGUGAAAUGGGGAUUUCAAAUUCUCCAUUUUUCAUCCAUUGGUGUAUUAUUUUGCUUUGGUUACCAAACAAGUGAAAAUGCUUCUCUUGCUAUUUUCCA